CCAGCGCUUUGCAGUGGUGGAGAAGAAGGCAUACGUCAUAUUCACAAUGGCGGAGGCAGGGUGAGAAGGAGAGUGUGUCAGUGAAGCCGCGCAGUAACCAACUACAUUGCCUGCGAAAGACGCUCACGGUACCCCAAAAAUGGCCCUGAACGCCAAAGUGGACAGAAAAACAGAUAUAGAAUGUCUGAAGACCAACGACCACAAAUCGGAAAGCGGCGAUGGCAAGAAAAAUUCGUUGUCAGCCGCCAUCUCGGCCACAUCCAACCAAAAUGGCGAUCAGACUGGAAGUGAAGACGGUGUAAUGCCCGAACAAGAAGCCUCUGAGCGGCGGAGGAGCGGGCAGAUGGACGCGAGAAGCUCCAAUAAUUCACCGUUACCCAGCCAGAGACCGGCUGAAGAAUUGCCGCGGAGAAAUUUCCAGAUACCCAGGAAGAUCAAGGAACGGAAAGGCCUGUACAACUUUCUGCCCCCAGAUUCACGGGAGUUUGAGAACCUUGUGAAGAUCCUGUCGUCUUUCUAUCUGGACGCGUCGUCCAGGGGGACCUUUUCUUACUGCAAGGCACGGCUCAUUAACAAUGAGCUGUUGGAAAAAGAGUUUAUUGAGAAGAGGAGGGAGCUGAAGCAGGAGGGCCGCACAGAACCAGAGCUUGUGGAGUCAUACUGCUUCCUGUUCCCAGAGAAGUCCAAGCUCCCAUGGAUUUGCGAGAAAGGUCUGUCCGUGGGACACUCGAGGAUCACCACACUAGGAAAUCCAGCAAUGGGUGUUUAUUUGUCCAAAUUCUCGGAUUUGCUGCAAAUGAACCCAUUUGAACCGGGUACCUGUGGGGACAUUGUCAUAUUUAAAGUCAUGAGGGGCCGGCUGAAGAACAUCUUCGACAACAUGCCGAAGAGUGUCCUGGACCCCACGCCCAAGUAUGACUGUCACGUUUCGAAGAACGCCAUGCGGGUCACCUCGCUGCUCUCCUACCGGGCGUUCGAGCUUACGCAGCAGUACUUCUAUGAGUUUGCGUUCGAUGAGAUCAAGUCACGGCCGCGCCACGUGUGUCCAUACGCUGUGGUCUCCUUCCAGUACAAAGGCAAGGAGUGCGCCUCCACGCCCAUGGUCGCUCACCGGUUUAACAGUGCCAGCUGUGACGGCGGCAACCGAGGGAGGAGUAGCUACGUAGUGUGGAGUGGCCCGCUGGUAAACAAGGGACAAGAGGUUUGCCAGAUCUCGCUGCGCUCGUCUACACGGCACUUCCUCCCUUUCAAAUUAGCGGAGAAGUUGGAGUUGACCAUGGCCAUGCAGCUGGACCAGGUCAAGAGGAAGAUCCCGUCUGUUCUGUUCUCUUGGGACACCUACAGCGGAACACGAGAAGUGUUUAGAUGCGGGUUGUACUGCAGCCUGUUUGAGGUAGUGGAUGGGAAGGCCAGGACCAGUACCGGCACACUCUCCGGGCUCAUCCACAAACUGGAGAGGGAGAGGAUGGUGCUGGUGAAGCCUCUAGUCGACAAAGGCUUUCUGUUUCUCCUGUCGUCUUCUCAGAUGGUCACUCCCAAUGACCGCCGGGGGCGCUUUGAGAAGGGCCUGCAGGCGCUGUUUGUUUUUCAGGAAUCCAGGGGAGUCGCCAAGUACACGACGAGACCGUCAGAGCAGGAGCUCCUGUCUGCCGAGCCCCAGCCCCCCCUCCUGGUGUCUGUGGAGCCCUUCAUCCCCGCCCUGCACUACGCCCUGCUCAAGCUGCGCUCCAACCCGGACAACAAGCACCUCAGCACUGGCGUGGAGCGCCAGGCCCACGACUACCUGACCAGGAAAGACAGCGGCCGGCCCUUCCUCGUGCCGGAGUACCAGCAGAACAUGGACGAGCGAGGGAACACGCACCCGGCGCCGCGGCCCAAACCCAACAUGGACGGCCUGCUGCGCUCCUACCUGCUCGGGCCGUCCUCGGCCUACGUCCUUCCCAUGGUCAAAGCCAGGGACAUGAUGGAGCGCAUCAACCAGCCGCCGGCCGCCCCGGCCCCACCCGCCACCGACUACAGCCCCGUGUCGGACUGGGGGGGCUCGGGUGGGUCGGACAGACAAGAGAGGGCGGAGAGGCCCGAGAAGCCGCCGGAAAGAGCCGAGAGCAGUAGCAGCACUAGCAGGAGGAGAGGUGGGCCGUCCCAGACCCAUUCUAACGGGGCCUCGUCUCAGAGGUCCAGGCAGUCCCAGAGCGAGUACGACAAGGAGAAGAUGACCCAGCUGCUGACGCUGAUCCAACUGCACAAGAAGGCCCUGGUGAAGGAUCCGGGAGGGAAGGAAAGGCCGGAGGGCGCCGACGACGGAGGCUGGGAGGGCCCCCACGGCCUGAAGAGGAAACUGGAGGAGGACCAAUCGGGAGCCAUGCACAAAUACCUAAGGAGCGCCCACUUCAGCAACGGAGAGCCCAGCAGAGGUGAGGCGGCGCCGGGUGUUUGCGUGGAAGCCCCUGGAGAGGACGUUGAGCCUGGGAAUGCCCACCUGGCGGCGGUGAUUGAGAGCAUGGGCAUCUGCGACACAGACCUGAGAGACCGGAGCGACACCUCCCAGCCCGCACCCAGCAACGAGACCCAGCGCCUGCUAAAAAUCUUGCUGGCCACUCUCAACAAGGCCAUGGCCCAGGGAGCAGUCCCUACCGCCCAGCCCGAGCACGUGGAGCUGUCCGCCAGCUCGGCCGGCCUGGAGAAGCCCCUGGCUGGACCUGCGUACCCAGGGCGAGUGGAGCAAGCCAGAGAGGAUUUCCUGGAGGAGCAGACGGUGGUCAGUCUGCCCAGUCCCUUCAGUCCCGGCUCUCCGGGGCCACAACCUCACACUACCGACAACCCGCCCCUCGCCCCAGCUCCGCCCCUCGCCCCAGCUCCGCCCCUCGCCCCAGCUCCGCCCCUCGCCCCAGCUCCGCCCCUCGCCCCUGCUCCGCCCCUCGGUCCUGCACCGACCCUCGCCCCAGCUCCGCCCCUCGCCUCUGUUCUACCCCCCCCAGUGGACAAAUCGAUCCCCUUCCUUGACGCCACUGAUUGCCUCCUGGAGCAGAGGGGAGUUCCGGAGGGGGGCAACGGAGGUCCAAGUGGUACCUCCCUGGAGCCGGAAAGGGUUUCUAGGGAGGCUUCUUUGGAGAGGGAGCGGGUGGCCUCCCUGGAACUGGACAGAGUUCUUAGAGGAGCUUCUCAGGACAGCAAGGGGGAAGUCGGCAGCUCCUCCAUGGAUAAGGAGAAUAGGGUGGAGAGGCCAGCCAAACCACCCGUCUCUUUGGACACCAUCCUCAGCCAGGAGCUCCACUCCCUUUCCAGCUCCAUCCAGGGCCUCAUGGAGACUGAGAAGAUCCAGUACGCCCCCCAGCUGCCCCCGCGGCUGCCCCUUCGCCAAGACUGGCAGCCCAACAGCUCCUUCUCCUACUUUGUGGCGCCCUAUGUCGUAUCGGUCCCGGUCCAAAGCCACGUCAAUGCCCUCUCCGAGAAGAUCGGCCGGCUGCUGCCCAAAGCGGGCGACUCGGCAAAGUCGCCCUCGGAGCUUUCCUCCCCCACACCGGGGGCGCCUCCUCCGCACUCCCUCCCUCCCAUGGCUGCCCUCCCUCCCGUGCUCACCCUCCCUCCCCCUCCUAAUCAGACCCACGUCUCCCCUACCCCUCCUGCUGCCCCCAUCGCUGCGCUUUGCCUUCCGAGCGCCCCAGCCCCUGUCCCCUCCACAGUCUCCGCCGUCAAGCCCGUUCCUAAAACCCACGAGCUGCUCCCCCCGGCACAGAAUGCCUGUGUUUCCCAGAGCCACAAACAGGACGCGUUCAAACAGCCCCACAAAACCCCAACUGGAGCGCCAAAGCUGUCUGGCGACAGGAAGUCGGAAGUGUCUGCCUCAGAGACUGGCGACGUCUACUCCCCCUCACAGGUCACCACGGCCUCCCCGGAAUCGGCCUCCGCCCGGCCUAAGCCAGCUCCCCUCUCAGCCCAGCCAAUCCUGAGCCAGGCCUCGGCCGCCGGGCUCCUGUUGGGCCAGCUGAAGCCCGAGGUGUUCAGCAGCCUGGUGGAGAUCUUCAAGGACGUGCAGAAGAACACAGUGAAGUUCUACAUCCAUGCGGCCGAUCAGGAGGAGAGUGAAAUCUGCGUGGAGAUCAAGGAGUACUUGAAGAGCUUGGGGAACACUGAGUGUAACCCCCAGACGUUCCUGGAGAACAACAGCAGUCUGGAUAAGCUGCUCAUCAUCAUUCAGAACGAGGACAUCUCCGCCCACGUCAACAAGAUCCCAGCCCUGGUGUCGUUGAAGAAACUGUCGACCGUGAGCUUUGCUGGAGUGGACAGUCUGGACGAUGUGAAGAACCACACGUACAAUGAGCUGUUUGUCUCCGGCGGAUUCAUCGUUUCCGACGAGUUUGUCCUCAAUCCGGACUUCAUAACGCUGGAGCGUUUGCAGGCGUUUCUGCGGUUCCUAGAGGAGCAGAGCUCUCCGGAGAACCCCUGGCAGUGGAAGAUCCACUGCAAAUCCCAGAAGAAGCUCAAAGAGCUGGGCAGGAUGAACAGUGAUGCCAUGGCUCUGCUGAACCUGCUGACAGCCUAUCAGAAGAAGCACCUGGUGGAUUUCCUGCCCUACCACGAGUGUGAUGCCCAAUCGCGUCAGGCCCCGGAUCUGGACUGCCUGGUCAAGCUCCAGGCUAACCACACCCAGCACCGGCAUAUUAUCUUCCUCACAGAGAGGCGUUUUGAGAUGUUCCUGCAGUACUCCAGGAACGGCAUAGUGAUCGCCAACAUUGAUGAAAUCAUGACCAGUUUCCACAGCCUAAUAGGGGCCAGCGACCAGAACGAGCUGCCCACACCACCCUCUACCGUAGUGCAUGAUGAAUGUGUAGAAGAGGAAGACAUGUCGCUGGACUCUGAAGAUGACGACAUAGUUAAUCAGGUUAUCACGGAGCCCCCUGCCCCAAGCCAGGAGGCUCCAUCAGGACCGGGCACAGGAGACCCUUCCCAGCACCCCCCCCCUCCCCGACUCCGAUGAGUUCCGCCCCCCUCUC